CAAGCAAUCGACUUUUAUACAAAGUCUCCCUCUAGUAUCCGAUAGCGAAGUUUUUUCCCCUCCAUGAAAUAAUAACGUACUUUUUCAUUGUAUAUUAGCUAUGGGUUACUGUGUGAACGUCUGCUAUUUCUGGCAAAAUAAAAUAACAAUGCCAUUACCUUUACACAAGUUGUCGUGAACUAAUUAUUUUACAAUAUUCAUGCCUGUGGCUCUUUUCUAUUUGUCGGGUCGUGGUCGUCGCACGCAGCUGCUGAUUCUUCAAUGUACAAGAUAUUUUAUUCAGUGCCAUUAUUAAGACAGACAUGGGUAACUUUCAGCGUUCUCAUGUUUAUGGUUGGUCAAGGAAUGGUGAUAGGUUACACGACAAUGUUGGCAGCUCUUCAAAAACCUAUAUCCGGUAUUCUACUUGAUAAUUACGGAGCAUUCCAACUGGAAACCUGGUUAGAACGAUCAUGUUUUAUUGGACUUGUCAUAUCAUCUAUACUAAUGGACUGGUGUGGUCGAAAAACCACUUACUUACUGAUGAUCCUUACGGGAGUAACCGGAUGGUUACUAAUUGAUUUCGCUCAAACUUUAUCAAUGCUCAUCGUAGGAUGUUUGUUAAGUGGAACUACGUUUGGAAAUUUAUUACUAACUUCACUGAUUAUUAGCGAGUAUGCCAGCCCGAAAUAUCGAGGAAUAUUUCUCUGUUUGAAAACGGUCUCAGUUUCUGUUGGGAUCACAAUCAGUCAUAUUCUAGGUAAUGAUUUUGAUUGCAGACUACUAUCUACGUUGGUAUUGAUAUUUUAUAUCGUAUCUUUUGGUAUGGCUUGCGAUUGGCCAGAGAGCCCUGUUUGGUUGGCGUCAAGAAAACAGUUCGUGAAAUGCGAAGAAUCUUUCAUUUGGUUAAGAGGAACUGAGGAGCCAUCAAUGGCAGAAUUUCAAGAAUUGAUCAAAGCACAUAAAGAACAAUACAUGUACAAGUGUUUAAGAACCAGAACAAAGAUUGUAGAGUUUAUGCAAAAAUUUAUAAAAACAGAUUUUUUAAAACCUAUUACAAUCAUGAUAUUUGCAUUCCUGUUAUUAGAAGCAAGUGGCAAGCACUAUUUUCCUGCAUAUACUUUGCAGUUUAUUGGCGAAAUCACACCUCGAUCUUUCUAUAAUACGUUGUAUAUUGAUCUAGUCCUAUUAACUAGUUCUACAAUUUCAUGUAUUUCAAUUAGAUUAUUUAAAAGGCGAAGUGUUUUACUGAGCACAGGAAUAGCAGCUGUUAUUGUAUUAAUUUUAACGAGUAGUCAUAUUUUUUUAAUUUCUAAUAACAUUUUACCUAACAGACCAUCGAUUUCUAUAUUAUUGUUAUUUUUAUAUUUAGCAUUAGCAAAUUUAGGAUGUACAACACUACCUCUUAUAUUUAUAGGGGAAAUACUGCCUACUUUGCACAGAGCAGUAGGUUCUGCAGUAUCAGGUGUUAUAAUAUCUAUAUUAUAUUGGGUUGCUUUAAAAGCAAUUCCUUAUUUGUUAGAAUGUACAAAAGUUUAUGGGGUAUUCGCAAUUUUGGGUCUAUUAAUUACUGUAUCUGUGUUGAUAUUAUAUUUUAUACUGCCAGAAACCAAGGAUAGAACGUUAGAAGAGAUUGAUUAUUAUAUUUAUAACGGAUGUUUUCGAAAUGAAGAAAGUAUUGAUGAUAUAUUUAAUAUAUAA